AUGGUGGGAGACAAGGCGAGAGGGGAGAUGAACGCUUUUCAGAGAAACGAAUCCAAGGAAACUUUGUUCACUUUUAUUUCUGCAGGAGAUGAUCCCCCCAAAGGAGAUUUCCCUGUUCAGAAAAAAUCCCCGAAACUCUGUGGUUCCAACUACCCCCUGAGCAUUGCCUUCAUCGUGGUGAACGAGUUCUGCGAGCGCUUCUCCUACUAUGGCAUGAGAGCUGUCCUGACGCUGUAUUUCAUAAGCUUCUUCCACUGGGAUGAGAAUCUCUCCACUGCUGUGUACCAUGCCUUUUCUGCUCUCUGUUAUUUCACACCUGUCAUUGGAGCCAUCAUGGCAGACUCGUGGCUGGGGAAAUACAAGACAAUCAUCUACCUCUCCAUUGUGUACGUGGUCGGCCAUCUGAUCAAGUCAGUGGGCGCAAUUCCAUCCCUGGGCAACCAGGCGGUUCACGUGGUCCUGUCUAUGGUUGGUCUGUUUUUGAUCGCCCUUGGAACGGGAGGUAUCAAGCCCUGUGUCUCUGCAUUUGGUGGGGACCAGUUUGAAGAGGAACAUACCUCGGAGAGAAGCAAGUUUUUUUCCGUCUUCUAUUUAUCCAUUAAUGCUGGAAGUUUGAUCUCCACGUUUGUAACUCCUGUAUUAAGAGGGGAUGUGAAAUGUUUUGGAGAGGAUUGUUAUGCACUGGCUUUUGGUGUCCCAGCAGCACUGAUGGUGUUGGCGCUUGUUGUGUUCAUUGCUGGAAGUGGGCUGUACAGAAAAAUGCCCCCACAAGGGAAUGUCUUACUUGAAGUGUGCAAAUGCAUUGGAUUUGCUAUUAAAAACAGGCUGAAAAACCGCUCCCAUCAUAUUCCAAAGAGAGAUCACUGGCUCGACUGGGCAUCAGAAAAGUACUCGAAACAGCUGAUUGGGGAGGUUAAAAUGGUGACACGCGUUCUCUUCCUCUUCAUACCACUGCCGAUGUUCUGGGCGCUGUUUGAUCAGCAGGGAUCCAGGUGGACUUUGCAAGCCACAAAGAUGAAUGCUGAUUUUGGAAUAUAUGUCCUUCAGCCUGACCAAAUGCAGUUCUUAAAUCCACUUCUUAUUCUUGUCUUCAUCCCAAUUUUUGACCUUGGGCUCUACCCUCUGAUAAGCAUGUGCAAAUUUAAUUUCACGCCUAUUAAGAAAAUGGCAACAGGUAUGAUCCUUGCAGGGAUGGCGUUUGGACUUGCAGCUAUUGUAGAAGUCAAAAUAAAUGAAACCGAUAUGCCUCAACUUGUCCCAAAAGAAAGUUUAAUUCAGGUCCUGAAUUUGGCAAAGAACCCUGUUCAAGUGACAAUCCAAGACCAGGACCUAUUUCAGCAGCCUGUGGAGGCUUUUCAGAACCCAGCUGAGUACUCAAAUUUGAUAUUGAACGGCGAGCAACAGAACCUUCACUUCGUCCUGCAACAUCAAGGAUUGUCUCUCACUUUUAACUACACUGCGAAGGAAAAAUCAGUAUACAGCUUAAUUGUUUUUGAGGCAGAAGGAAGCCUAUCAAGUCGCCUAAUUACAGACUUGAAAGCAAAGCCAGAAAAUGGUUUGGCAGCUGUUAGAUUCAUUAAUGGUUUGAGCCAAGAUGUCAACCUCACCAUUGACAGCAAACAGUUUGUUGCUGUUCAGAAAAACUACGGUGUUUCUGAGUACUUGCUGCUAGAGAGGGACAAAUACAACGAUGGAAAAUGCAUAACUGAAAUGGGGGAAUUCACCCUGGACCUUGGGCUGCUUGACUUUGGCGCAUCGUACACUGUUGUGGUAACUAAUGUUUCUGGAGAUGCUGUUAAGACAUGGAAGUCAGAAGACAUCAAAGCCAAUAGUGUCCAUAUGGCUUGGCAGUUACCACAAUACUUACUAAUAUCUGCUGGAGAAGUGAUGUUCUCCAUUACGGGUCUGGCCUUCUCCUAUUCCCAGUCUCCAGCCAGCAUGAAGUCGGUGCUGCAGGCAGGUUGGCUGCUCACGGUGGCUGUUGGGAAUACCCUUGUGCUCGUCGUUGCCCAGGCUGCACCAAUGGCACAGUGGGCUGAAUUUGUCUUGUUCACUGUUCUACUCUUUGCCGUGUGCAUUAUUUUCUCCAUCAUGGGAUAUUUCUAUGUCAGUGUGGAUCCAGAGGACCUACAAGAAAAGGAAGAGAAGACAGAGACCCCAAGCAGAGGAAACAUGAUUAGUCUCGUUACUCAGAAAACAAAGCUCUAA